UGUCAUCUCAAAUCCAGCGCUGCCAACUCAAUGACUCUAUAACUGUCAAAAGUGAAAGCAAAUACGCUCUAAAACCGUUCCUACGUGUCCAAUUCCCUGACCCUAACAUACGUUUUUUGUGAUUUUACAAAACCUACCAAUUUUUGUACUACUUGAGACAAUUCAGUGCGUAAAUUUGUGAAUUCGUGCCGCAUAACCUCACUUUUGUCUGUCAUCAAAUUCAUUGUUUAUUCAACUCUUCCGCGAUGGUGGACGAUGGUGUUUGUUACAAAAGUUCAUCAGGACCGGAUCGUGAUUUUUGUCUCGAUCAGGACAUAGGGCCCACGUUGAAUUUUAAGCCUCGUGGGGGCCUCGCGCGGGCUCUGUACGAGAAGCAGCAAACGGACCACUUCCUGAGUCAGUUUGACAAGAGCCAGUGGUACCACUGCGACUUAUCAAAAAUCCCUCUUGACCUGUCAUCGAAAUUCAUCGAGUUGGGACCAGACGACGAAACCAUCAAAUUUCUUCAACAAUCUGAAGAAAAAUCCGACUGGAUUCUGACUCAAAUUUGGCACUCGGUCGUCAAAGCCUUCCUGGGCUGGUUCAUGACUCAGACAUCCAUCAAUGGAUGGCUGCAAAGGGGGUCCAUGUUUGUGCUCUCCCUCCAGCAGUUCCUCAAACUCCUGCGUGUCGAGGACUCCUGGCACAAGGAGGCUCUCCUGGACCUGGGUGCCGGCGACGGCGAGGUCACCGCUCACCUGGCGUCCCUCUUCGACAAGACCUACGUGACGGAGGUGUCCACCACCAUGCGAACACUUCUCCAAAACCGGGGUUACUCCCUUCUGGACAUCGACUCAUGGCACCAAACGCGCAAAUUCGACCUCAUCUCCUGCCUCAACCUCCUCGACCGCUGCGACACCCCCAACCAGCUCCUCGCUCAAAUAAAAACUUCGCUCAAACCAGACGGCCUAGUCCUCCUCGCCGUCGUCCUCCCAUUUUCGGCAUACGUGGAAGCAGGCUCGCGUGACCACAGACCAACAGAACUGCUUCCAAUCGUCGGUUCUUGUUUCGAGGAACAAGUUAAAAGUGUAGUUGACGAUGUUUUGACUCCUGCAGGAUACGAGGUCGUGUCCUGGACCAGAGUUCCCUACUUGUGCGAGGGGGACUUGCAACAAUCGUACUAUUGGCUCGACGAUGUUGUUUUUGUUUUGAAAGUAGCCAAUUGAGUGGCUUCACUCGUAAAAAUUGACAGAACGAGACAUAUCACUCUGUGUUUUGUAGCCGUGGCUUGGCCUAGCCCCGCCCCUUGUAAGGGAGGGGCUAUGACAGUUAGGGCGGUCCUAAUGUCGUUUUUUUAUUAGCGGGCCUAGUCCAAAGUCUUUAUUUAUUUUGUUAUUAUUGAAACAAAUGACUGACAAUAGUAACGCUGUAUGUAUUUUACCACAUAUCUGCUGCCAAAUAUUGAUGUCAAUUAUAGAUAUUUUCGAAAAAGUGUAACUUUUCUGAUGAUAUUUACAUCAAAUAAAUCUUUUCUUUUA